ACGCAUAUAAAUUAGGCCACGUAACCGCCUCACACAACGCAAAUUUAACCAAUUCUUUCAAAAGUUAUUACAAUAGUACUCCCAUUAACACACACAUACGAUUCUUAUUUUCAUGGCAGAAAAUGAAUCAAGAAAAUGGAUAAUAUUAGUAGCAACCAUAUGGAUUCAAGCGUUCACUGGAACCAACUUCGACUUCUCAGCUUACUCCUCGGAGUUGAAAGCUGUUUUGGGAAUCUCACAAGUCCAGUUGAACUACCUUGCAACGGCGUCCGAUCUCGGAAAGGCGCUGGGAUGGUCGUCCGGUUUGGCGUUGAUGUAUAUGCCGUUGUGGUCCGUCAUGUUUGUUGCUGCUUUCAUGGGAUUGGUUGGUUAUGGGAUGCAGUGGCUUGUUAUUCUUGACCUCCUUUCCUUGCCUUAUUUUGUGGUAUUUUUCCUUUGCUUGUUAGCUGGAUGCAGCAUCACUUGGUUCAACACAGUUUGUUUUGUUCUCUGCAUAAAGAAUUUCCCUUCUAACAGACCAUUAGCACUUGCACUCACUGUCAGUUUCAAUGGAGUUAGUGCUGCCUUAUACAACCUUCCAGCAAUUUCUUUAAACCCUUCUUCCACUCACAUUUACCUUCUUCUUAAUGCCUUCAUUCCCUUAAUUACUUCAAUUGCAUCACUUGUCCCAAUUCUUCGACAAUCCCCUGUCAAUCCCCUGCCAUCUAAUGGCAUCAAACAAGAGCAGCUCAUAUUCGUCGUACUAAAUUUCCUAGCUCUAAUUACUGGCAUGUAUCUUCUCUUUGUACAUUCACCUGAUUCAUCAACAGCUCGUGUAAUUUUUGCUGGUGCUAUUUUACUACUUGUCCUUCCGUUGGGAAUUCCAGGCAUUAUUUAUGCACGUGAUUGGUUUCAACAUAAGCUAUUCUCUAGUUUUGCUCUUCAAGGUUCCGGCUUCCUACUCGUUGAUGCUGAUGAUCUUGACUUCCAUAAAGAGUUCCUUAGUCGCGAGAAUAGCCAGAUCAAUGUAACGUCUUAUGCUGUCAAUGGUGAUGGACCGACUCUUACAUUAAGCCUAACGAGGAUUAUAGGCACCGGUGGAGAUAGUGAACAAGCAUGUUGCGGGAAAAUAAUUGAGAAGGAUCAGUUGUUCAUGCUUGGAGAAGAACAUAAGGCAGGAAUGCUGGUUAAAAGAUUGGAUUUUUGGUUAUACUAUCUUGCUUACUUUUGUGGAGGAACAAUUGGGCUUGUGUAUAGUAACAAUCUUGGACAAAUUGCACAAUCACUUGGACAUAGUUCAAUGACUUCUACUCUUAUUACAUUGUACUCAUCCUUCUCCUUCUUUGGUCGCUUGCUCUCUGCAGCUCCAGAUUUCAUCAGAUUAAAGUUUUAUUUUGCAAGGACAGGUUGGCUAGCAAUUGCAUUAGUUCCAACACCAAUAGCAUUCUUCUUGGUAGCAGCAAGUGGAAAUGAGGUAGCACUUCAAGCAGGAACAGCAUUGAUUGGAUUGAGUUCGGGAUUCAUCUUUGCUGCAGCAGUGUCAAUAACAUCAGAACUCUUUGGUCCAAACAGUGUUGGAGUCAACCACAACAUUCUCAUCACAAAUAUCCCUAUUGGAUCACUCGUCUAUGGUUUCCUUGCGGCUCUUAUUUAUGAUAAUAAUGCUGCUGCUGGUAAAGCCACUUCUUCAUUAAUACAGAUGAUGACUGAUACAGCGGUUUGUAUGGGAAGGAAAUGCUACUUUUCAACUUUUAUCUGGUGGGGUUGUCUUGCCCUUUUAGGACUUGUUUCAAGUGUGUUGUUGUUCUUAAGAACUCGGCCUGCUUAUGAGCGAUUCGAGCAAAAUCGUCGAACAAAUUUGUUGGCCUGAUAAUGGAGUUUAGCUUACAAAAUUUUCUUGAAGAGUUGUAAGUGGGUGUCUGGAAUGACUUUGAAAGUGGGUGGUCUUGAACUUUUGACCUCGAUUGUCCCAGGGGUAAAACUUCAAGUUUAACUUGUUUUGCUCAUGGACAAAUAAGAAUUAGAAGUUAAGAUCACUCGUUUUCAAGGUCAUUGGGUGUACUUGGUUUUUGUGGACAUACAUACAUUAGUCAUGUGUACAAAUUAUUUUGAAUGGCUGGUUGAAUUAUUGGAA